AAAACAAUAUUAACUUUCACACGUCAAGAGUUCAAAACCUCUGCCCUAGGCUUUUCCUUCUUCUACUACACCGUCGUUAAAUCCAAUCCACUCCGGCGAACUAAGCAUCCCCCGAACUAAUGGCGAACCGCACGGACCCAUUAGCGAAGAACAUAAGAGGAACGAACCCACAGAACCUCGUGGAGACGAUCGUGCGUAACAAAAUCCGCGACCACACUUUCUGGAAAGAGCAGUGCUUCGGCCUCACGGCGGAGACGCUCGUCGACAAAGCCAUGGAGCUCGACCACGUCGGCGGGACCUUCGGCGGCAACCGAAAGCCCACUCCUUUCCUCUGCCUCGUCCUGAAGAUGCUCCAGAUCCAGCCCGAGAAGGAGAUCGUCGUUGAGUUCAUCAAGAACGAUGAUUACAAGUAUGUUCGUGUUCUUGGUGCGUUUUAUCUGCGUCUCACAGGGUCUGAUGUUGAUGUGUAUCGUUACCUUGAGCCUUUGUAUAAUGAUUAUAGGAAAGUGAGGCAGAAGCUAUCUGAUGGGAGGUUUGAGUUGAGACAUGUGGAUGAAGUCGUUGAGGAGCUUUUGACUAAGGAUUAUUCUUGUGAUAUUGCAAUGCCACGUUUGAAGAAAAGGUGUACGCUGGAGCAGAGUGGUGCGUUGGAGCCUAGGAAGAGUGUUUUGGAAGAUGACUUUGAAGAAGAAGAAGAAAAGGAGGAGACCGGAUCUGAAGAUGAGAAGGUCACUGAAAGAGAAAGAGACAUGGACAGGAGACGUGACAGUCAUAGACACAGGGAUCGUGAUUAUGAUAUGGACCGAGACUAUGACAGAGAACGUGGGCGUGGUCGAGACAGAGAUCAUCACUAUAGAGGCCGGGAUAGGGAGAGGGAACGAGACAGAGAUAGAGAAGGAGACAGAAGAGACAGGGCAAGGCGUAGAAGCACGAGUAGGGAUCGUAAGAGGCGCGAGACUGAUGAUGACCGGGACAGGGAGGAACCAAAGAAAAAGAAAGAGAAGAAGAUGAAGGAUGAUGGAACAGAUCAUCCGGAUCCUGAAAUUGCAGAAGCUAAUAGGCUGAGAGCAUCUCUAGGACUGAAACCCUUGAGAUAAGCAGAUGAAGGGGAGAAGACUCUCGAACUUAUUUAACCAGGCCGUGGUUCAUGUAUCCAGUUACUUCUCUGUUUCUGUACGGAGGUUGCAAGUGUUUUUGGCUUCACUCAUAGAAUCUUUGAUGUAGAACAAAAGCUCCCAAGAGAUUCUGA